AUGGCCGGGGAGGGGGAAGGACGGGCGAUCGGCAUCGAUUUAGGAACGACGUAUUCAUGCGUGGCAGCAUGGCAGCACAACCGUAUCGAGAUCAUAGCCAACGAUCAGGGCAAUCGCACCACACCCUCUUAUGUCGCAUUCAGCAACAACGAGCGUCUCAUCGGAGAAGCUGCCAAGAAUCAAGUCGCCAGUGCUCCAACUAACACCGUCUUUGAUGCAAAGAGGCUGAUUGGACGUAAAUUCAAUGACUCAAUGGUACAGAGUGACAUGAAACUUUGGCCAUUCAAGGUCAUUUCUGGUGUUGACGACAAGCCUAUGAUCGUGGUGACCUACAAAAGUGAGAAGAAACAGUUUUCAGCCGAGGAGAUCUCUUCAAUGGUGCUCUCCAAGAUGAAGGAUUUCGCCGAAGCCUAUCUUGGAUCAUCCGUCAAGAAUGUUGUCGUCACUGUGCCUGCUUAUUUCAAUGACUCUCAACGCCAGGCCACCAAGGCUGCUGGAGACAUUGCUGGCCUCAACAUUGUAAGGAUCAUCAACGAGCCUACUGCUGCAGCCAUCGCAUACGGUCUGGAUAAAGAGGGUAAUGUGGCUAAGAAUGUGCUUAUUUUCGACCUUGGUGGUGGUACGUUCGAUGUGUCUGUGGCCACGAUUGAGGCAGGUAUCAUUGAAGUGAAGGCUAUUGCCGGAGACACUCAUCUUGGAGGGCAAGACUUUGACAGUAGGAUGGUUAAUCAUUUCAUAGAAGAGUUUGAAAGGAAGAACGGUAAGGAUAUUAGUAUGAACCCGAGAGCUAUUAGGAGAUUGAGGAGUGCUUGUGAAAGAGCCAAGAGGAUGCUUUCUUCCACUUCCCAAACUAAUAUUGAGAUUGAAUCUUUGUUUGAGGGGAUUGAUCUGUUUUCGACCAUCACUCGUGCUCGAUUUGAUGAGCUCAACUUGGAUUUGUUCAUGAAGUGUAUGGAACUGGUUGAGAAAUGCCUGAGUGAUGCAAAGGUUGAGAAAAGCAGCGUGGAUGAGGUGGUACUGGUGGGCGGGUCAAGUAGGAUUCCGAAGGUGCAGGAGAUGUUGAAGGAGAUUUUCAAUGGGAAGGAGGCGUGCAAGACCAUUAAUCCAGACGAAGCUGUGGCAUAUGGCGCUGCCGUGUUAGCUGCCAAGUUGAGUGGUGAAGGCAAUGAGAAAGUUCAGAAUGUGGUUCUUAAGGAUAUUACUCCUUUGUCUCUUGGUAUUUCAUGCAAUGAAGAUGUGAUGACUGUAAUUAUUCCGAGAAACACAUGUAUUCCAAUAAGGAAGGAGAGAUAUUUCGGCACACAUGACAAUCAGACCAUUGUGAGGUUUUCAGUGUUUGAGGGAGAGAGAAGCAAGGCAACAGACAACAAUUUGCUUGGUGAAUUCGAACUCGAAGGCAUCCCAACGGCGCCAGGACGUGAUAAGAAUUUAAAAGUGUGCUUCAACAUAGAUGAGAACGGUGUCAUGAAUGUGUCGGCCGAGCAUGUGGAUGCUGGGUUGAAGAACAAGAUCAGCAUCUCCAACUACAAGGGCAGGCUCUCUGAAAAAGAAGUAGCGAAGAUGGUGAAAGACGCAGAGAAGUACGAGAGGGAGGACAAAGAGUUUAGGAACAAGGCUGAUGCAAGGAAUGCUUUGGAGAACUAUGCCUACGAAAUGAGGAACACCACCAGAAGUGCAACCGGGAUUGAAGCAGCCGACAAGGAGGCGAUAGAGGACGCUUUCGAGUCUACUAUGAUAUGGUUGGAUUCAAACAAACUUGCAAAGGUUGAUGCUUUCAAAGAGAAGUUGGAAGAGCUUGAGCUGAUUUACAAUCCCAUAGUUGCCAACAGUCCCAGUGCCAGUAUUAAGAAGUGGAUUCAGAGUGUAAUGCCAAUUAGUAUAGUUCAAGGUUUUCCAAGCCUAUGUUGUUGUGACUUUGUUAAAGUCAUACAGAUAUUAAAGGUUUAUGGAGAAUAA